AUUUCAGAAGCAGACGAUCUUGCCCGAAACUCGUUGUUGACUGUCUCGUUCUGCCGACGAAAAAGCUAAAUCAUGGUCACGAUCAGAAGUCGUGACCUUCUGCCAGACGAAUCCUAAACGGAAUAGACCAGCCCCUUUCCACCUACCAACCAUACGAGAAGCGUCCAAUCGCCCGGUUCAUUCGUCAUUGUUCAUUGACGUUUCCCUAUGUAGUACUGCACUCAAGACGAUACGGCGUGUGAAUCCCAGAAAAACCGAGCCGAACUCGAGCCUGUUCCGAGUGGAGUGAUCGCGCGAUAGAAAGUGAGAAACUCUACUCGUCACGCCCUUUUUUGUUUUUUCUCUUUUCAAGGAUUUGGAGGCCACAUCGUCUCGAGAGAAUAGCAUUACACGUUUUAUUCGCAAUGCCACGGGCCAACAUUCAAACGAUCCUAAUAGGGGUCGGCUAGAUGCCUGUUGCAUCUUUUGGAUUGAAUACCCUACGACCACGAAGAGAAAAGAGGCCGCAGCUGCUAUCAGAAUGAAAAAAAUAGCCCGCGGAGAACGCGCCACCAUGCGGUUAAGAGAGUACAUUGAAUUGGUGUGCAGCACGCUCUGCCCGGCGAGCCAAGCCAGUCGGUAACCGAGAUUGGGCAGGUGCAGAUGCAUGAAUUUGAACAGGACUGAAAAGCGGUCCUAUCCUUUUUGGAAACGUCGUUCCCGCCUUAUUCAUCGGCUCACCGUUGCAGUUGCUAGGGGGAUUUUCAUCUGAUUCGAAACGUCUAAUACCAUGCCGCCGCACUCGGAAGUGGAGAGCGAUCCUUUCGUGGAUGUCAGACUCCGCAGGCGGAAGCGUAGCCGUUCCGUUUCGCCCCGUCAUUUACGGAAGACGUCGGAAACGUACGAACCCAACAACAAUCGAAGCAAGUGGUGGCCUAACAAACCUGCGUCUGCGGCCAGCACCAGCAGCAGUCGGAGCAGUAGCGUGUCGAGCGAGGUGCGUUUGCUAAAGGCUGAAUCGAAUACUUCGAUCGUCGCAACACCAACUCCAACGACUGCGGUCAUUCCGCAACCGGUUGUGGUCAAUUUUCACGAAGCCCCAAGUUUUCUCCAGUUCAACCCGUUCAUCUAUAGAGGCUACCGCACUAAUUUGUGCACCGUUACGUGCAUUAGAAGCCUGUUUUGGUGGACAAAUGAGACGCUGAAUGCUUGGACCCACUUGCUCGGAUGGAUUUAUUUCGCUUACUUCACCGUAGAUGAAAUCAUCCAGCUAGUCAACAGCAGUGGCCCUUCCACAUGGCAAGACAGCGCCAUCAGCCUCUUGAUAGUUUCCUGUUUCCAGAUUUGCAUGGCCAUGUCGACUGGCUAUCACACUUUUUGCUGUCACUCGAAAGAUUUUUACCAUUGUUGGUUGUCGUAUGACCUUUGCGGCAUUUCCUUCAGUCUUCUGGCCAUUUACACCACAGGAAUCUAUUACGCCUUCUGGUGUCAAAACGAAAUCAGAACAAUCUACAUCACCAUAAGCGGAACCCUAUUUGUGGUGGCCUUGGUCCUCCAAACAACACCCAAAUUUCUGACGGACGAUUACAGCCUCACUCGCUUGAUCUUUUUUGUUUCGUGGAGUUGUUUUGGAUUCCUUCCUUGCCUCCACUGGAUUUGGCAGAAUGGUGGAUUUAGUACCCCAAAUGUGUUUGAUUUGGUUAGCCAGAUUGGUAUCAUGUACCUGAUUUGUGGCUUAGCUUUAUUCUUCUAUGUCACCAAAGUACCCGAAAUUUGGUUCCCAGGUUCCGUUGACUUCAUUGGCAGUUCACAUCAGUGGUGGCACGUCAUCAUUUUUCUGGCUUUCUAUCACUGGCAGACAGUCGGCAAGUAUUUUGCCAACAUGCGAUCCCAUCACGGAUGCUUUGAGUUUGAUCAAAUGGCAAUGUCGUCUUCAUCGGUCUUCAACGUCACAGUCGAAAACGUUCCCCGUGGCACCAUAUUUUAGUGGUCAGAUUUAUAGGAAUAUUAGACGCAAGGCUAUCCUGUUGUAUUGGUAAAACUUGUGUUGUCUGGGAUGCAAUGGCUCAAACGUCGAUUCGUCGAUUCGAUUUGUAAAUUUGUUGCAUUGUCAUGAUAUGUACUUUCAUUUUUAUUUCACCAUUCUUGAUCAUCGUCGCAGGCCUUAUAAUAAUAUCUAUUGUUCUAAACUCUACACAUUUAAAAAGAAAUAAAAACAAUAUUUAAGUAAA